AUGAAAGAUCUUGAGGUGAACCGAAAGGUCAGGAAAACAGAAUGCGUGAUGCGCUAUGCACAAACCCACAAUGAUCGUUCAGCAAGUAGCUGCAAUGGUAAGCGCCAUGCAAAGACGGGAGUUGGUCUUGUUACAAAGGAAUUAGAAGAUGCAAGUGUACCUGAUGGAGAGGUAAACAGUGCUGAAGUAGAGAAUUUGAGCCUCAGAAUAAGAGAGCUGGAAGAGUCAGAGUUAAAACUGAAAAAUGUGUUAGAGGACUACGUGGAAUCAGAUUCUACACUAAGAAAUAGGGUGAAAGAGCUGGAACUGUCAAACAAAACACUUCUGGCGACGACUGACCAAUUAAAUGCGAAGGUGCACCAGGCUGAAAAUGCAAAUGUGCGGGUUAAAGGGAGACUGCAAGACAUUCAGGAGGAGCUGGUGAACUUGGUUGAAAUCCAAGAAAAGGCAGAGAAGAAGCAAAAGCAAAAAUUACAUUGGCUUCAGGAGCGGCUGAAGACAAAAGAAGAUGAAGUAAAAAGCCAGUCAGAGUAUUUUGAGCACUACAAACAGAGGCAGAAGCAACAGACAGCAAUGCUGAGAGAAAAGGAAUGUUGUCUCCGGGGUAAGGUGUCUAGGCUGGAAAAGCAAGUCCUAGAUCUCAGCGCUCAUAUUGCUCUUCUGACAUCCAAGUCAGAAGAGGGAAUGGUACAGGAUCUCCAACAGAAGCUGGAAUCAGCUUUCCCUGGGACUUACUCUGACAGGGAGGUAAUGAAAUUGAAAACUCUCAUUGAAAUUGUGGAGCAUGACGUGAAAAGCCACCUUGAGACAUUGCAGCAUAAUGUGAAGCUCUUAAGGGAAAAAGAGGAAGACUGUAGAAGAGAACAGGCAGACUUGCUGACUCAACUCCAGUGCUCCCAGGACUCUGAAGACUUUCUCAGAAGGAAAUUGGAGGAAUCUUGCCAACAUGUUUGUAAUCUGAAACUAUCUGAAAUCAAACUACAGGAACAAGUCGAAGAGCUUUUGGAUGAAAAUAGGGCUUUAAAGGACCAAGGGGACAUGAAGUUAAAAAAGGAAGAUGAAGAAGAGUCAUGCCUUACAAGACUGGAAAAUGGAGACAACAUUGCAGUCAGUGUAGACCUGAAUGGAGAGCUAGUCCAGGCUGACCUUCAGAACCUGAGAUGGGGACCAGUCUUGGAUCCACUUAGAAGCAAAGCUACUCCAAGUCCAACUGUGCUACUACAUGCUAAAGAGUCUGAAACAUCAGGAUGUGGUUGUGAUUGGCUUGAGCACAUGGAGAAGCUAUCGAAAGAACUUCGACCAGUUUUGGAAUGCAAUUUCAGUGCCUCUGCAGAUAUUACUGAAGAACUGAGUCUAACUGAGACUGAGCAGAUCAGCCUUAGAGAUAAAAGGGCAGGUGCUCUGGAAGAUACCUUCAUUCUGUUUAGACAUAUCCCAAGCUACCCUACAGACAGACUGCCUCCUCCUUGCUCUGAGAAGCUAACUAAUGAUGAGACAAGUAAGGACACCAGAGAUGAAGAACACUCCUCUCUCUUUAAGGAAAAAGCUAUAAGUCUACCAGCAGCGGCUUUGCCUGUUUCCGUGGUGGAAGCUUUGAUGAGGAACAACCACAUACCAACUGUCACAACAAUGAAGAAAGUGAUGAGCCUGAAUUUCAGUGAGGCAAAUACCACUUUUUGCCCUGAUGGCCUUUUCCAUGUUUCAGAAAGAGGCUUUUCUGAUAAGGCUUCUGCAGUUCUUUGUGGAAAGACGCCUUGCACUGCUUUCACAUUCCUGCUGGAAAAAGAUGAUGUGGAAAGGCAUCAGCAAAAUAAGCAAAUUCCGCCAAAAAGCAGAAGUGAAAAUAAAAAUCUGGGUAAAGAUGUUAAUGAUGGAAAGUAUCAACAAAAAAUCUGUAGAGGGAGAGCUAAAGAAGAAGAAAUGAAGAAUGAGAAAGCCCGGCCACAAAAGAUGGCCUGUGCUCUUGAGGAAAUAAGCAAAGUUUUAAAUAAAACUGAACUGAUCAGGCCCGGCAAACAAGGAAUGAAUUCCAAAGCCAAUCUAGGUGGCCCACAAGGUGUCCAAAACACAGGUGCUGGUUUUAAAGACCUAAAGAAGCAUUCUGAAGGGAGUUCUGAGUUAAUGGAGAACCAAGGAAACCUCUCAGAAAUCUGCAUCCCUGAUGAAGUGAGUAGGGUGUACAGUGGAGGAGAUAUAAUCAGAACAGAAGAGAAAGGAGAACAACCUCAGAAACCAAGUGAACAAAUAAACCCCUCCAGAAAUGGACUGGAAGAAAAGAAGGAACAGGCCCUAAGGCUAUGUGGCCCAAAAGAGGAGAAUUCCUCCUGUCAAAAAAUGGCUGCUGAAAGAAUGCAACGUGCAUACCCUCAGAAAGCUUCUCGCUUGGAGGAAGAGAAGUAUCCACUGAACAUUUCCUCCCCUAUGCAAGAGAAAGUGUUCUUAAAGAAAGUGUUAUUGCUAGAGAGCAAUUUUUAUGAGUAUUUCUGUCAUGUAUCGUCACUGGAAGCUGAUGAUGAAUGUAAUGUGAAAAUACGUGAACUAGAGAAAGUGGUGGCUGUGUGUUCUCAGAGGAUAUUUCUACUGAUGCAAGAGAAUGAAAAAUAUUCAGAAAAAGUCUGUAUGUUACAAGAGGAGAAUGAGAGAUAUGCUCAGAAGAUAUGUGCACUGGCAGAGGAGAUGGAUGCGUAUUUUCAAUACGUUUUAGCAGUAGAUGAAGCUAAUAUUUCUUUCCAAAACUUACUUAAUGAGAAAGAAAUUGCUGGUGAAUGUUUUCAUACUAGUUCAGAAGAAAACACCAUGAACCCAGAAACAAUUUGUGCUGAAACCUUUUCUAAGAACCUCUCAUGGGUUGAAGAGAAAAAUAGGAAUUCUGGAGUAGAAUUGUUGCUGAUGGAAUCAAAUAAACUUCCCAAGAGUGUUUUAUCCCUGGAUGGAAGGAAAAGGAGAUAUUUCCAGCUGCUUUCUGACCUGAAAGAAGAAAGAAAUAGAUGUUUCAAAGACAUAGCUAAACUACUGCAAGACAAGGAGAACUGUGUAGCAAAAACCAAUGAAUUAGCACAAGAAAGAGAGAGAAAUUUACAAAGAAUCUCUCUUCUAGAAGGUGAAAAAGAAGCUUUAUUGGGAAGUUUGGCAGAAAUAAAGGGAGAACAAGACAAAUGCAGGACCUUGGUUUCAGAGCUUCAGGAGUGCAAAACCAACUGUUACCAAAGAAUUUCUGGUUUACAAGAGGAAAAAUGUGUACUGAGAAGAGAUAUAGACAGAAUCAAGAGAGAAACUUCAGAACAGCUUCUGGAACUUCAGAAAGCAAAUGUGAAUUUCAUUUUAGAAAAUAACAAAUUGAAAGAAUUAAUGUCUUCUUUGGGUUUCACCUGUGAAGAUCUGAGAAAAGAUAAAAAUACGGAAGCAAAGGAAAAGAUAGUAGAACUAAAAGAAGAAAAUACCAGUCAACAACAUGACGUUAAGCCAAGGAAAGUUGAAACAGCAUGUAGUGUAACUCAGACUGAAGAGAAAGGAAUUCUGCUUGUAGAUCCUUCAAACUAUUUCACCAGAAAAGAGGGCAGCACAUUCAAAAGCUACAGUGUGAUGAAAGAGCAACUGGAAAGAGCAAAAGAGGAACUAAAAAUGCAACAGAAGGAAUUAGAAAAAUCUAAAAAGGAGGCUCAGAAGUGGUACAGAGAGCUUGGCUUUGCAGAAACAAGAUAUGAAGAAAUAAAAACACAUUUGACACAGGUUCUUUCAGAAUUAGAGCAUGUUAAACAAGAAACUGGGGACCAAAUACUUGGAAAGCAGCACUGCAAAUUAAUGCCUGUGUACGCUGUGAAAGAAGCCCAAGAAAUGGAAGAGAAUAAAAUAGCCUGUAAGAGAUUAGAGCAGCAAGUGCUGACUUUGAAAGCCCAACUCAGGGACCAGGCUGCAUUACAAAAUCAGUUCCAAGAUUUGCAAAAUGAAGUGGAACUCCUUCAGGCUCAGCUAUGUGAAAAGGUGAAAGAACUUCAGAAGAGAAAGAGUGAAGUAAAGUUGACACUAGCUCCUCUGAAGGCUAAGCUUGCUUGCCUCGUCCGAAAAUGCCAGCAAAGGAACAACUUAAUUACCAGGAUGCAUGGCGAAUUUCGCAGGCAAGGAAUUGUUAACUCAACUUUUGAUGAAGAGGUGAAGAAGUUAGUCAAUGAUGUGGCACUGGCAGAGUACACAACCACUUUUACACCAGAGUGUAAUCAAGAGAUGUUGCCGCCUUCUGCAGAUAUUUCACAGGCCAAUGGAGACUCAAAGGAUCAUGAGACACAUGUUAAAGUGAAUGAGAUGACUGGGCCAAUGCCUACAGACCCCCUACAAAACAGGGAUGGCCUCCACAGUUCUUGCCUCACUCCAAACAUGUAUGCUAGUUCUGCUAUAAAAUUAAAUAGUCCGGAGAGGAUCAUAGCCUUGCAUCGGGAACUAAGACAAAACCAUUACAGUAGUUGCCAGAUACCUUCGCUUGUCUCCUCCAAUUCAAAUCUGAAGGCUGACUGCAAUCUGCCCGGGAUCCGAGAGGAAGCCUCCUGGCCCAUACCAUCAAAGAUGAAUGAUGCACUGAAACUUCCCGAGAGUAGUGCUUUCUAUGCCGUAAAGGGGAGGGAUCAGUUGUCGAAAUGUGAUGAUGUAUUUUUGGGUCAAAUAGGAAAUCAGCAUGCAGGGGCUAUUCCCCAGGGAAUGAAACAGAAAAAUGUCAUUAUGAAUAACACAUGGAUCUCUAGAGAAAAACCAGAUGGCUCAACCUCAGCUACCACAGCAAAAAGCUAUUUGUCAGACGUGUUGUCAGCAAGUAAUAAAGGUCGAAAUCCUGUGGGGAGAAAUCAGCUGCACUGGAAAGACUAGAAACCUCAGAAAUAAAACAAGAUAAGAAAAUACACAGUGGGCCAAUUCCAGAGCACAGCAAAAGCUUUUGGAGGGACUGCUUUGCCAGUUGGUUUGUUCUACAUUAUUAAAACAGUGAGGAAAGGCAGCCUGCUGGUUAGUUUGGAGAGACCUGAUGCUGAAUUAGGACAUAGCAAUGUAACUUUCAUUACAGGAUAAAGGUUAUACACAGACAAGGAAUUGCAUGUCUGCUGCGAGUUCAGCAAGUACUGAGACCAUCUUAGAAAAUCCUGAUCUCUCUGUACCAUUUCAAAUCAGUGUUUCUGGCUUGCAUUCUCAGAAGAUGUGUGUUCAAUUCAGUUGUUGGAAAGAAGUGCCAUUGCUUGCAACUCACUUUUGCUCUGAAAAGUGACGACCUGUUGCCAGCUCCUGUAAGGCAGUAGCAACCAGAAGCACUGCUCUCUUCACGUGAAAGUGAAUAUUGGUUUUCAGAACCAGGUUGCGAGGGGAAAGGUCUGCAGUGCCAAAUUUACAAAGUCUACAACUACACCAUCAGAAGGCAGUGCCAGUAUUGACCCCAUGUGUGAACUUGCCCUCAGGGAAGGAGAUGUGGUUUGGGUAUUUGGAAAACCAAGGAAGGACGGUUUCUGUGAAGCUGAAGUGAAUGGAAGGCAAGGUUUGGCUCCCAUGGUCUUUCAUCCAGAAGUUGAUUUUGGAUCAGCCACAAAAAUGAAAGAAGGUGUAGUGAAGGGAAGAAUGUAUCAGGCACACAGAAGAAGCAAUACUGCUCUGAAGGAAUGAUGAAAGGUGCUUUUGGUUUCGUGGUUACCACAGCUGCUUCAUUAUGGGAAAAUUUCAUUGUUAUGAAAAGCUGCACCAACUUACCAACUGCAAUGAGUUAGCUGCAUCUUGUCAUGGAAGUUGGUGACACAAGCAAAGCAAGUGUAUGGUUUGAGAGUUUUUUCCGUUUUGUUUCCUUAGAAUCUCAGCAUUUGCAUUUUAAAGGAAUUGUCAUGUUUAGCACAAAUCUCAGUCUUUGCUUAUGUGGGUAUGUCAUAGCUAUAGCCUUACACAGCUUUGAGCAUUCCUGAAAGAGGUGCUGGCUUUGAUCUGAGUUCAGAUGUUCGGUGUUUCUGAGGAUGGGGUACUUGAAGGUACAAACUAUCCCAAGGAAAUGAGACAGAACUGCACUUUACAAGGGUAAGUAGGAGUUGAGGAUGCACUUAAUGUGCACUGAGAAGCACUUGGAACAUCAAAGGACUGUGUCCUAAUGCUCUAGAUCGUUUAUUUCAAUCACAUGAAUAGUCCACGCUGAAUUUAACUUUCAGAUAAGGCAUUCACAUGCAUAUGUGCUUUUUCUGAAAGAGGUGCUUUUGUACACACAGGCUGGUAACAAUUCAUGCAGUGCACACACAUAUGCAACCACAAUGUGCAACACAGAUUUAUGAACCCAUAACCCCUGCUAUUCCUACCUGAGUACCUAUUUGUGAAUGCAGGGAGAUGCAGACACAGGCACAAGACUUGAGCAUAAGGGAUCAUACAGAUAUGCACAGUCCUCCUCUAACUAAAAGCUUGCACACAGCCCUGUUGAAGUCAAUGGCAUUACUCCUGCUGCUUUGAAUGGGAACAACUACUUUUCCAAACCAUCCCUUACAGUGUAAUGCACUUCCAGUUUUGAUAACCAUUUUGCAACUUGCAUUUACUCUUAAUUUUUUUUUAAAUUAGCUAUUUGCUAGAAUGUGCUGCUCUUUACAGUGCUUAGUCUCCCAGUAAUUCCAGAUAUCCUUUGAAAGGAAGCAGAAGGAUAAUAAAUUGUGGAAUCCCAAGUCAGAUUAAUGUAAAGUGCAUUUCUAGAUUAUGAUUAGUAACAAGAUGACAUGUUGGCAUGGUAACACUUGAAGCUUAUCUACAAGUUCUUAAAAUAAAGCAACAACAUAUGUGUGGGUUUCUCUCCAUUUGCAUACUAUCCACCUGAAAACAUAUCGUUUCCACAACACACAUGCAAUUAAACCCUAUUUCUUACUUUCAAGUGUUCAAUGAAAAUAUCGUGCCUCUUUUCUAGUAUUUAUGCAUAAUCUCCUACCAUGAAUUAUAAAUGUUGGUAAUGAACCUGUCCAUUUUGUAACGUCUUAGGCUUUCUGCCAUUUGGUUCCAUUUUAAAAUGAUUAACACAAGGAACAUAAAAUGUCCUUCAUUCUCUUUGUGGUUCAUACAACAUUCAUCUCCCCUAAAAUUAGCCACCUCCUAGUAUGAAAAUUGUUUUACCAAUAUUGGAAAAUUCUGUUUAUUAAUUAAAUUGAUAGAGCAGUGGAUACAUUUCAUGUGGCUGAGGAUGGGGAAUUAAAAUCCCAGCUUUACCUCAAAUCACUGUAAUAAAGCAGUAAAGCUUUUAAUGUGAGAUUGUUCUUAGCUGAGACAGAGAGCCUAGCUAUUAUUUUCUAGUUGCCUUAUGGUGAGGAGAAAAGUCUUGCCUAGUUGUUAUAGUCUGUUCAAUUUUCUUUCAUUAAGCAGAGUUAACUUGUUCGGAUAUGUUAUCUAUAUAUGGUAAAGGUGCUGAUUUUCAGGGACUGUUUUACUUGUAUCAUUUUUUCAUGUUAAACUGUUUCUCAGAAUGCAAAAUUGGGCACUUUGUUUCAAUUGCUUUAUAUGCACAGUAUUACUUUGACCAAAUUCAUUGCAGUCAACAUUAAGAUGCUGCUAUAAAUUCUGCUUAUGUAAAUACAACCUUCUCCUGUCACCCCAAAUGGACGAAACAGGCAGUGCUACAUGUGAAAUAUGAUUUCUUUCUCAGUUCACUUAUUUCCAUAUACUCCACUGUAUAAAGCAUGGCAGGAUAUUGAAAAUAUAGCUUACAGUGUUUCCACAGCUCCUUACACAACCUGGAAAGCCCAAAAUCUCUUGUUCACACCACCAUGGAUGGCAGACGCUGGAAGUAUGGAGAUUGAGUCACUGCAUGAUAAUCGUGUUACAUUCAGAGUAAUACAAUUGGCUGGGAAAUAUUUCACACACACGGUAGAGUUCCCAAGAUAAACCUCCUGCUGAGGCACGGUUGAUGUUUGUCCUUGUGGCCUUUUAAAAAGUGGAAACCCUGAUCUGUAUUUCAUAAAUCUAUCUGUAUUUGUAGCUUGUAGAUGAAGGAUUUUAGUAUUUGAAUUUAGCAUGGUUGUGGGUGGAGGGAGGAGGGACAUGUGCAUGCUGGGUUUUGCCACUAAUCCUUUGGAAAUCCUUUAGUGCCUUAAGGAGGCAGAGGAGGAACAGACCUUAGGAUUACAGAAACUUGUUCAAACCUCUUUCCUGCUUCAGCAGAAUUCCUUUAAAAUAUAUUGUGCCUUUGGCUCCAAACAUAUUUGCAUUAGAAAUCAGUAGCCAUGGGAUUAUGGACAGGAAUUUUUGUCCCUGCACUAAUCUUAGGAAAGAGAGUAUAAUGUUUCUUAUAUAGAACAUGAAUUAAAAAUAUAGAUAACUGAGGUUCAACCACUGGAAUCCAUGUGUAAAUCAUUUUUUGACAACUAGGAAUGUUGCAAGUUCGAGGUAAAACCAAGAAAAAGAUGAAGUUUAAAUGUACUGGAUGAAAUACUUGUACCACUGAAAUGACUGGCAAAUUUCCACUGGCUUCCCUGGGACCAAGAUUUCAUGCUUUCUCCUACUUGGCUUACAAAAUGCUCACGUAUGAUACCUAAGCAUCAUGCUCUCUUUAAUGUUUUCUAUGCACAUAAGAGAGAGGAAAACAGAGAUUAGUAGUUGUGGAAGCCUGCUUUGAUUUGGAGUUGGGAUCUGUGGUAUAAAUCUCUCUUCACUAUUGUUUCUCUGUGUAACAUAGACUCUUGCUGUGGGAAUAUGAAUAUGCAAAUGUGAAUUCCAGCAUGAGAGGUUACCGCGCAGUGUGCACUAGCGGAUUCUGAACAACCGCAUUUCUCUGCUCUCUGAAUUGUGGUUUUGUCUUUUUUUUUAAAAAGAAGGAAAAUGUAGUUAGCAGGUGAAAACCAUUCCUGUGCAAAAAGCCUGUGUGAGGCAAUUCAUGCACUCAUUUAGGAUCCUAAGCAGAUCUUAGGUGAAGCUGAAUAGGCCCUUGGCUCACGGAUGAGUUUUACCUUUUAGUAAUUUAGAGCAAUUUAUUGGUAUAGAGCUGAAAAAAGAAAAAAAAAGUGAGGGUUUGGAAGUGAGUGUGCUGGUGGUUUUCUAUUUUGCUCCCUGUGAUAAGAAACGAGUUUUAAAGAAUUAUGUAAAUAGUUAAAAGAAAAUCAUUCCAUGACCAUGGCUCACAGUAUGCAAGACAAGACUCAGCAUGGAACAAAUUUUUAUGACUUGUUUGCAAAUUAAGCUUCUGUCUUUUGUUUGGAACUUUGAAAAAGUAAUCAUGUAAAUAAGACUUACUACACUCAUUUGUUUGACUGGAAAAAAAGAUAUUUCCCCACCUCCUUUGGUAUUAAUGAAAAAUCUGGGAUGCAUAAUAUAUGCAGGGUUUGGCUUUUGAGCUCUAGUGCCAUGCAGCUGUUUAACUCUUUUGCACAGCCAACAGCGAUGCUAGCCAGAAGUCAUGAACAGCAGUUGUUAGGGACACAAAUUGGGAUCCAUUUGAAGAAGUGCCAAAGAAUGCGUUAAAAGCUUGGGGUUUAUGGUUUGAUACUUAUUAACCAAAUGAACCAGCUGGGUUUUUUUUGUUUUGGUUUGGUUCCUUUUUUGUAAAUAAGUACAAAAAUUUAAACUAUUACUCAUGACUGCCCUGCAGCCGGGUGUCAAGGUAGAGAAGCUAACUGAUAAUGUUUCAGUAAUAUGAAAGAUGCCAGUCUGGUUUUGAUCUAUUCCAUUAAAACCUGAUGGUUAACUUUUCAGCAGUGACUUUCACUUUAAGACAUUUGUCACAGAUAUCAAAUGUACAUAUGUAUUAAUUUUCAGUGUAACUAGGGAGGAUACAGAACUGUAAUGCAGUCACAAAAGUCUACUUGAUGAUUACCACAGAUUUGUAACUCUCACUUAAAUUAUGUAAGAUAAGUUGACAUUUUAUCUUGUUAACAAGAUGUAUUUUUCUAUGUUAGUUAAAUGUAUAAUUUGUAUAAUUUUGUAUAUUAAAUGUAUGCAUAUUUUAAAUUAAAAACUUUAUAAUUUUAA